AUGAGGAGGUUUUUGUUGCUCUACGCGACACAGAAAGGACAGGCCAAGGCCAUCGCAGAGGAGAUCCUGGAGCGAGCCUCGGCCCAGGGCUUCUCAGCAGAGUUGCACUGCCUCAGCGAGUCUGGCAAGUACGACCUGAGGACGGAACGCUCCCCCGUCGUGGUGGUCGUCUCCACCACGGGCACUGGAGACCCCCCCGACUCAGCCCGUGGUUUCGUCAGGGACAUCCAGAACAAGAGUCUGCCCUCCGACAGCCUCGCGCACCUGCGCUAUGCGCUGCUGGGGCUGGGCGACUCGGAGUACACUUACUUCUGCAACGGCGGCAAAAUCAUCGACCGGCGGCUUCAGGAGCUCGGAGCCCGGCGUUUCUAUGACACUGGGCACGCGGACGACUGUGUUGGCUUAGAGCUCGUGGUUGAGCCGUGGAUUGCGGGGCUCUGGGCCGCAUUGUCGGAGCACAUUAUGUCCAGCGGAGACGAGGAGAUGCCCAGGGGUCUCCUGGCACCGGACACCACCUCCCAGGACUCAUCAGGCCUCGAGUCACGGCUGCAGCUUCUCAGCGUGGGCGAGGCGGGAGGGGAGGACCCGGCCCCUUCCGACCCCCCGGCAGCCGCCGCUGCCCCGCCUGAGGCCUCACUGACCCGCUCGGUACCCCCGCUGUCCCUGGCCGAGCUCACGGUGCCGGCCUCGCCCCCCGCCUACCUCCAGGUGCAGCUGCAGGAGACCCUGGGCCAGGAGGAGACUUCGAUGCCAGUGUUGGUGACAUCGCAGCCGGUGUUCCGGGUCCCAAUCUGCAAGGCGGUUCAGCUGACGGCCAAUGAUGCUGUGAAAACCGCCCUCAUGGUGGAAGUGGAUGUUGCGCAGACAGACUUCUCCUACCAGCCUGGGGAUGCUGUCGAUGUUGUCUGCCCCAACGACAAGGCUGAGGUGCAGAGCCUGCUUGCGCGGCUGCAGCUGGCCAGCCAGGCGCACCACCACGUCCUGCUGGAGCUCAGGGCCGACACCCGGAAGAAAGGCGCCGCCUUGCCACCACACAUCCCUGCAGGGUGCUCGCUCCGGGCUCUCCUGACCUGGUGCGUGGACAUACGGGCAGUCCCGAAGAAGGCGUUCCUGCGGGCCCUGGUGGACUAUACUAGCCACUCGGCCGAGAGGCGCCGGCUGCAGGAAUUGUGCAGCCGGCAGGGCGCGGCCGACUACGGGCGCUGGGUACGGGACGCAGGUGCCUGUCUCGGGGACCUGCUUCGGGCCUUCCCAUCCUGCCGGCCGCCGCUUGGCCUCCUGCUGGAACAUUUCCCGAAGCUGCAGCCCCGGCCAUACUCCUGUGCAAGCUCCAGCCUGUGUCGGCCCGGGCGGCUCCGCUUCGUCUUCAAUGUGCUGGAGUUUGCGUCUGAGGCCUCAGCGGGGGCCGUACGCAGAGGGCUGUGCACCGGCUGGCUUGCAGGCCUGGUGGGCUCCAUGCUGGGGUGCGACGGAGAAGGUGGCGAGGGAGCCCGGACCCCCGAGAUCUUCAUCUCUCCGCGAGCUGCCAACUCCUUUCACCUCCCACAGGACCCCUCGGUUCCUGUCAUAAUGGUGGGUCCAGGAACCGGCGUAGCCCCCUUCAUCGGGUUCCUGGAGCACAGGGAGAAGCUGCAGGAGCAGCUCCCCGAGGGAUCCUUCGGCGCCACGUGGCUGUUUUUCGGCUGCAGACACCGUGAGAGGGAUUACCUGUUCAGAGAUGAGCUCCGACGUUUCCAGAAGCUCGGCGUCCUCACGCACCUGCACGUUUCCUUCUCGAGGGACGCCCCCGCGCCUGGGGAGGCGGCACCUGCGCGCUACGUGCAGGACCACAUGCAGCGGCACGGCGCGCAGCUGGCCCGCGCCCUCCUGCAGGAGCGCGGCUGCAUCUACGUGUGUGGCGAUGCCAAGAACAUGGCCCGGGGCGUGAACGAGGCGCUGGUGGAGAUCCUGGGCCGCGAGGCGGGACUGACUAGCCUGGAGGCCAUGAACGCACUGGCCCAGCUACGGGAGGAGCAGCGCUACCUGCAGGAUGUCUGGGCUUGAGGCCGGAGCCGGGCUGGUGUGUGGACUCAGCACUUGCUUGGAUGCUCCUGAGAGACACUUGUCGGAGGAUCCAGCUGUUGCUGCCUCGUCUCCGCCCCAGGCCCGUGGCCCCUGCACUGGUGGGGGGAAGCCUCUGUGCAAGCUGUGCUCGGCACAGCCCAGCCUGCUCCCAGCGACUGGACAGGCCUCUGUGUGCCCGUCAGCACACAGGACGUGCUGUUUGGUACACGGGAUUGCCAGGAGGAAGAACCGCGUGCGUGCGGGCAAUCGGACAUGCAUGGCUCUGCGACCAUAUGCCCAUGUGCCCAUGGAACCGCAGCGGAGGAUUAUUUAUUGCCAAGAUUAUUUCUGAUAAAAAUAUAUUUUAAU